AUGGAUGUCUCUAGCUUGACCAAUGGAUAUAAGGAUGAACAGGAUGAUCCCAAUGUCUAUGGUGGACUUUGGGAACUUUUGAAAAGCGACCCUUCUUGUACUAGAGCUAUUUUAAAUGAUGGUGUCGUGCUGGCACACUUAGGCAACUUGGUUACAUCUGUGAAUUCCAAUUGCGUUCCUAGGAGGCUGGUUAUUAUGAGUGUGCUGAAUUGUACACCUCUAUCAGCUCUUCGAAAUGAUACUGCCUCCAAUGUGUUAUCUGCAGCGGUCGAUACCGUCACCAAGGUAGAAGCUGAGCCUCACGCUAUAAACGUUUGUCUUCGCACAGUGAACGCCAUAUUAGCAAUAUGCGAAGGUGAGCAAGAUAUCAAAUGUUUGUUGAAUAAUUUGGAAUUCAUGAGCGACAUUGUCAAGACUAAGCAAAAUGCAUCGAUUUUGAUGGAUCUCGUGUACCUGACAUCGACUCACCCAUGGGUCUCUAAGAUAGAUGCUGAAAAUUGGCUACAGGAAUUAGAGACUUUGGGAAUUUUAUGGUGGCUGCGAAGAAAUCUUACGCACGUAAAAAAACUGGACUUUUUGGAGAUACUCUUUGCGGAUAAUAUACGGCUCAUGAGAAACUCCCGGGUGGUGUCUCUUCAAUCUACUGCCCGCUCCUUGGGCAUUUGCAAAUCCCUGCAAUUCUGCAGUUUUUCUGAAUUUGCUAUUUCUCUUCCCUCUUGUUCCAAAAGUGAACACCAGGAACUUGUUCGAUCACUAAACUUGCAGUUGAAAGUAGACACAGAGAUGUCUGACUUGAAGAUUUUAGAAUAUUUCACAAGGUCCUCCCUCGUUCCCGAAAAUUUCUGGCCUCAUCUCUUCUCCCAUGACCUUGAAAGUGUCGCUGAAAUGUGGAUCAGCCCAUCGCGGAAUAUGUACUUCCACGCCCUCAAAGUUUACAUGCACGAGUUCACACAAUUAAGUCAUGACGUUCGAGGGUUUCUGUCAUCAGUCGUUUCAAGGUUCACGGAACAGAAUGGCCGCCUACAAGGACAUAGCAAGUACGCCAUUCAAGAUUUCCAGUUAAUUUUGAACGACGAUGCCGCCCAACAAGUCAGUUUAAAGAUUAAUACCGAAAAUCUCUUUGACGGACAGGACUUUCUAAGAGAAUGGAAUAAAUUUAAUAGGCGUUCUAUCAUAUUUUUGAAGAAUUCGGGUGACAAAGUUUUUGGUCGCAUUCAAAGAGUUUCAAGAGAUCAAGACGUCAUUGAUGUGAAAUUAAAAGUAAGAGAGAAGCUAGAAAUCAAAACUGUUCAUCUCGUGUGUAUACUCAACGAUGAGCUCGAAGCCAGGUCAAUUCAGCUGCAAACACUUUUAGACAAUGCAUUAUUUCAUGACAGUCUAUGGAUAGAAGCUAGAAUGGACUCUGUUAUACGAAAAUCGAGCUCACCCGAGUCGCUUCUCGUAUCGCAUGUAUUUGCAACCAGUCAUCAACUGGAAAAGCUCUUGGAUGUGGAUGCGGACAACCAAGAGCAAGACAAAAAAAGGAGACGCACGGUAGAUUUCAAAUGCGCUUUGGACAUAAACUUUCAAGAUAAAUCCUAUUCUCGGGCGGAAUCUGCGAUAAGCAAGCCCGAGCUUGUCUUCACGGAUGAACAGCUCAAAUUAAUACGGCGUGGCUUACAGCAAAAUUUGUCGGUUAUUAAUGGUGAGGCGGGGACUGGUAAGUCUAUUGUUCUUGCUUCUAUCUUGGACAAUUAUUAUCUCAAUUCCCGUUAUGGCAAAUUGAAAGGUAAAACUAUUGCAAUUUGUGAUACCGAGGAGAUGUGCCAUAGAAUGGAGAGUCUCUUGAAAAUUCUGCCGCCAGAAUCCGUUGUCUGCUGGUCGGAAAGUAUCAAAACUUUAACUGAAAACAAGAGAAAGCAAAUUUCCAAGUUGUUGUCUCGCGUUCAAGAAAUAGCAGUGACGCUAGGUAUACCCGGAGAAUUUGAUCACACUAUUGAGGCGGCUUUCACCCUUUUUAACUUUCAUCUAAAGCCGAUGCUGGAAGAUUUUGCAAGAGACUACCCUGAAAAGCUCAAGGCUUCCGACUUUCCUCUAGCCGAUGCCCAAGACAAAGCUAAGAAAGAUUUGUUUUCCCAGAUAGCUGCAAACAGUCAUGAAGUAGCAAACAUUUUUGAAAGUUUGGACAAAUGGCGCUGUGUAUGCCUUCCCGGUGAUUUGAGAAAAGCUCUUUGGAAAAAUUCCGACUUAGUUCUAGUCUCCAAAGCUCAACUACCUCAUAUUUUGGAAAUGGAAGAUUUCAAAAUGGAUCAUUUCCAAAAUCUAGUGUUGUGCAACGCCAACUACUUCCAGCCUUUGGAAAUUUGGCAAGCCUUGAGCGGGCGAGUCCAAUGGAGCAAGCUCAUCAUCUCUGGCGAUUUUUUUAAUGGGCCUAUACCUUUCACUCUUCAGCAAUUCAUUGACGCAGAGGCAACCAUUCCUCGUUUGGUCGCGAAUUUUGACACAAAUCCUGAAAUACUCAAGCUUCGCUCGCCUGAAGUUUCAAAAGGUAAACCCAUAUCUGGGCUCGGUAGCCCCUUCCAACUUAUUGGCAUACCGGGAGAAAUCGCCCGGAAUAACGUCUGCUGGGAAGAAGCAGAAUACUGCGUAUUCUUAUAUGCUUACCUUCGAUUAAUAGGCUAUCCCGCGCACUCCAUCAGUAUAAUCACCCUUUCACCUUACCAGAAGAGUGCUGUUGAGAUUGAGCUGCAGAACCUUCUACAGAGCUCGGGCAUCAAGAAACUUUCCAGACCCAAGUGCGUCAACGUGAUGUACCAAACUUACUCUCACCGGAAUAAAGUAGUAAUCGUGGCCACAAGCGGGCUUCCCUUCGAUGUUAGCGGCAUAUCGCGGAUGGCUAAAGACGGUCUUCUAGUCCUCACGUCCGGCAAGAGCAUCAAAGGACGUCUUAAAAUCGUUGUUGGUGAAAAAUAUCCCAAUGUGAAGUCCAUGGACCAGCGUGAAGUUAUCGAGAUCAGCAAUUUGGGAAAACUCCAGUCUCGAAUCAAAGGAAUACAGAAACAUGGGAGUUCAGAAAAAUAA